AUGUAUUCAUCACGCAAAUCCGCCGAGUUAGAGCGAGGCCCCAUUAGUGCGUUGCGCCGCGUUGCGUCGUCGCAGCGUCGUCGCUGCGUCGUUUUCCAUACAUUUUAUAUAACAUGCCCCAUUAGACCGUUGCGUCGUCGCGCGCGUAGUUUCAACGGAUCGACGGACAAGAGACGAAGCGGGAGGGGGGUGAUGCGCUGCGUUGUCGGAGCUCCGCUGCGACGACGGACAGUGAUGCACUGCUAG